UCUCAGUACUUUACCAUCUCAUCGCACUUACUGUAUCGCUUUCAAAUGUCUGGCUUCACAAUGCACUUGCAUUCCAACCAGGCUUCUGGGAUGGCCGUUUCACAGGCGGCUAGAAUAAAUAACCAGGCCCUCAGCCUCUCUAGUCAAGGCAAUUAUGCCGGUGCAGAGGAUCUCCACCUGCAAGCACUCCAUCUUAAACUCGCUGCAGUUGGUGAGAAUAACCUGACUACUGCCAUAACUCGUAAUGCACUCGGAGAACUUUAUCUCAAAAUGGGCAAAAUCACGGAUGCUGAAGAGCAGCUCAAGAAGGCUAUUUCUGUCCGCAUGGGGAAUGGUCCUGCAUAUGAAGCGGCAGUUUCUGUCGAGAAUCUUGGUCGAGUGCAUGAAGUGAAAGGUGACCUUGAAGAAGCGAAGAGAGUUAGACUGUCUCAUCCUGCAGACAUCAUGGUCUGUGGAAACUAUGACUGUCCUGGUGAGACGUUUGAUCGGAGUCAGCUUUUAGCUUGUUCUGGAUGCAAGUCCGCCUUCUACUGUGGAAGAACCUGUCAGGCAAAGGAUUGGCGUGCUCGCCACAAGACAUUCUGCAAAAAGCGUGCGUAAACGAGUCACAGAGCCCUCCCCCGUUUGUAUGAGGUAAAUAUGUUUAUCCCAAUGGGACG